AUGGACAACGAGACUGAUUACCUCCAACCUGGCUUUGAUCCAGCUACCCUUAAAGUCCCACAACUUCGUGGAAUCCUCCUGGAACACAAUGUCGACUACCCAACUUCUGCGAAAAAAGCACAGCUUGUUGAGCUAUUCACUCAACAUGUUGCUCCAAAGGCUCGUACUAUUCUGAAUGCUCGCAGUCGUGUAAAGCCGUCUGGUCGUGGAAUAGUCGAUAUGGGUCGCGACAACACCCCGUCGAUCGAGGCGACCCCCAGAAGGUCAUCGCGCCGCGCCGCGUCUCGCGUGGGGACAGCGGAUACUGAAGAGGAGGAGGAGACACCUAGACCUGCGCGGACCCCUAGACGGUCAGCUUCGGUUAAAAGAGCUUCAGGAAAGCAUACUAGAGUACAAGAAACAGAUAAAUCUGAAGUUGAGGACCAAGAGCCCCCAAAAUCUAUCCGGAAAACUCGAAAUAGUAGCGUCCGUCAAUCCAUUAUACCCAAGGCUGAGAGUCCUGGAGAUUCUCCGCCAAAACUUAAGUUUGAAAAUUCAGAGGACGACGGCGCUGUAUUUUCGUCACACAAUCCUUUCCAGAGUGGAUCCCCUCCUGCAACAAGAUCACCCGAAAGAGCUGAUCGCCGUAAAACUCUGGCUAGUGAGAAAAAACGCAAAUCAAUAUCUGCUAGAAGGAGAACAGAUUUUACUCCGUCUAGAUACGACAGUGAACGUGAUUCUGCUUAUACCCCAACCAAUACACAUGUUGUGCCCUCCUCCAAGAAAUUUGAGGUUCCACUCUCAAGACUGCAGAGUUCUAAGAAUGAUGUCAAAAACAAAGGUAUAGUGAAGAAAGAGGAGGAAGAGGAAGGUUAUUCUCUUGAACCCGGUGAGGAGUUUACUCCCGAAGAGACCGAAGAAAUCGCUAGGGAGCCCGGUGCUCUAAGAAGGAGAACAGGCGGUCAGUCAUCUUCUACAGGUACAAAUAUGCUUUGGGCUAUCGUAAUAGCGCUCCUGAGCGGUUAUUUUAUGUGGUGGCGGAAGGAGAAAAAGGAAGUGGGUUAUUGCGGAUUGGGGAAACUCGAUAUGCAAACAUACGACCCUGACUGGACGAGCCUCAUCCGCCCUCAAUGCGAGCCCUGUCCUCCAAAUGCCAUCUGCAGAUUUAACUACGAAGCUGAUUGCAAAGACGACUAUGUGCUCGUUCCCAAUCCACUCUCUUUCGGGGGACUAGUGCCUCUUCCCCCUACAUGUGAGCCAGACUCAGAGAAGCUUCGAAGAAUCGCAAUCUUGUCGGAUGAGGCGAUUAGAGUUUUGAGGGAACGAGCAGCAGACGUUGAAUGUGGAGAAGCUUCGCUGGGAAAGGAUGAGGAGGCGGGAGUCUCGGAGGCCGAUCUGAGGCAAGUGUUGUAUGACCUAAAAGCCCCGAGCUUGUCGGACGCGCAGUUCAACGAGCUAUGGAGGAAUGCACUAGAGGACGUGUCGAAUCGGGAAGAGGUUGUUUCCACCAAGAAUAGCCAAGAUGUCACCUACCUACGAUCAACCUCUCUCGCUAGCAUUCCGCUCGGCUGUGCGAUCCGCAAGUCAAUCACCGGAUCCAUGGUCAGACAUCGAAUCGAGCUUAUUGGAGUAAUUCUUAUCACUGUCAUCCUUACCCGUCUCCGGUCAUACAUUGCGACAAACCGUCAUUACAAAGAGCAAGUAACUCAAUUGGUUCACGUUGCGCUUCAACAACUCGCUCAACAUGCGACCGAUAAUCCAACAGAACCGUGGGUUGGGGCCGUUCAGCUGAGGGAUCAGGUUUUGCAACAUGAAUUCAAUCCACAGAGACGCAAAAAAUUAUGGGACGGGGUGCAGAAGAUUGUCGAGAUGAACAGUAAUGUCCGUGCUGGGGAGAGGGAGAUAUCUGGUGAAGUGAUGAGGGUUUGGACAUGGAUCGGUGGGAGGAUUUCAAGCGCGAGGAUGGCAAACGGUGUGGGUAGCAUCGGUGAGAUGGAAGGUAAUGGGGGCGAGUUCAGCGGAAAACAGCCAGUAUUCUCGCGAGUCAUUGUAUAA